AGUAACGACAAGCUAUCACGUGGAGCAGGGCGGCGGAGGUGGGGACAAAAGAGGGACGGAAAGGCGGAGGGAGAAAACCUGGGCGUCCGUGUCGUUGAAUUGCCUCCAGCAGCGGCGAUUGGUGGAGCCGCGUCCUCCUGGCGCACGUGAUGGAAAGCCGAGGUGCGGCCUGGUUGGCGGUUCCCUUGGUUACGAGGAAUGAGGGGCGGAGCGGCCUCUCGGCCUCGCGUCAGCAGCAGCGUCGCCGCGGCCGCGUCAGGAGCGGCCGGUGAAGGCGGCCUCGGCGACCGGCAGCACCGCCCAGGGGCGCUGCGUGGGGGGCGCGGUCCUUGCCCGCCUCUCCUCAGCCCUUCCUUCCUUCCUUCCUGCCAGAGCCAUGGCGGCGCUGGCGGAGGCGGCUGCGGCGGCGACCGGGGGGUGACUGCCUGCCUGAGGCGGGGGCGUCCGGCGGGAGGGCGGCGGAAGAGGAUGCGGGAGUACAAGGUGGUGGUGCUGGGCUCGGGCGGGGUGGGCAAGUCCGCGCUCACCGUCCAGUUCGUCACCGGCACCUUCAUCGAGAAGUACGACCCCACCAUCGAGGACUUCUACCGCAAGGAGAUCGAGGUGGACGCCUCGCCCUCCGUCCUGGAGAUCCUCGACACGGCCGGCACCGAGCAGUUCGCCUCCAUGCGGGACCUCUACAUCAAGAACGGGCAGGGCUUCAUCCUCGUCUACAGCCUCGUCAACCAGCAGAGCUUCCAGGACAUCCGCCCCAUGCGGGACCAGAUCAUCCGCGUCAAGAGGUAUGAGAAGGUCCCUGUGAUAUUGGUUGGGAAUAAAGUAGACCUGGAGAGUGAGAGGGAAGUAUCAUCCAGUGAAGGCAGAGCUCUGGCUGAAGAAUGGGGUUGUCCAUUUAUGGAGACUUCUGCAAAAAGUAAAACAAUGGUGGAUGAGCUGUUUGCAGAAAUCGUCAGACAGAUGAACUAUGCUUCCCAGCCAGAUAAAGAUGACCCAUGUUGUUCUGCAUGUAAUAUACAAUAGCAUUACAAUUGAUGGAACUGGACCUUAAUUUGCUGUAUUUUUGGUAAGGUAACCGAACUGACUGCUGCGCUUUGUGAUUUAAGUUGGGUCCCUCAGGAUAAAUCCAAAGCAGAGUAGCAGCAUUAACUCCAAGCAAAACAUUGAUGCUGAUGAGCUUCUACAAGUCACUUACCUGGAACACAUCUUCUAUACCUGCAACUCUGUAGUGUAGCCAGUAGAUUUACAGGGUGAGCACAAAUGAUGUUCGUUGGCCUAAUCAAGCGGCAGCAGUUACCCCUUUCAGUUGAGAGUUGCUGAUGGUUGUGAAAAAGGAGAGCACCAGCAAAGACCCUUUGCACUCUUCAUAUUCUCUGCUGAUAAAUGAAAUUUAACCAACUUUUAAGUGUCUGCAUACUGAAUUUCAGGACUUGUCACUUGUGGCCAAGUUUACUCAGUCAAAUAUGCUAAGUUCAUCUUUACCUUUGACACAAGUGUUACUAGGAUUAUUGGCAAAUAGAUGUAAUUAUGGUUCCCCCCCCCUCCCUAAUUUGAUUAUUUUCUAUUAUCCCAUCAUGCGAAAAGGAAAAUAUUCCAUCAGUACUUGAAAGUAGAGAGAGGAGCUCUGAAAAAAUAAUCAACGGCUUGUGAAGAGAACAGUGAGACAUCAGAAUGUGGUAAAUACUCUGCUGCUCAGAAAUGGUAUGGAUUGCUUCAGAUGUUGUUCAGACAAGAAACCAAACAAACCCUUUGUUUACGAAGCAGGAAACUUCUUCAUCUCUUUCCUGAUCUGGGAGGGAAGGAACUGUGAUGGGGGGAAAUAUAUCACUUAGCCUUACUGACAAGGAAAAUUUUAGCACAUUAACAAAUACCAUCUUGUAAGGAAAAUGAAGCCAUGUUGUAUCCAGAUGUUCCUUUUUUGCAAAAACCUUAGGGGGACAGUCUGAGCAUCUUGCAUUUUUCAGUUGUAAGUGCACCGGUUUCUUUCUUGCCUUUUAAGGGCUAUGUCUUUGGUAUGGUACCCCGAUUAACCUUUGAAAGUCAAAUUUGCCAUUUUAUAGCUUUAAUAACCACAGCUUGGUUAAUUGAAUUAGCUGUGUUGAAGUUACUUUGGCUCAGAAGUUGAAUACACAGUGUUGUAGUUCCACAGGUGAGGGAGGGAGAAGGUUCCCCCCCCCUUCAUUUGCCUAACAUGCUAGUCAGAUGCUGCCAUACAGUGACACUGUUGCCCUAGUUAUUGCUGUGACAAAGUGAGUGAAAAUAUUGUUUUGAAAUGGUGCUCGGCCUCUGAUCUUAACUUUCAUAGUAGUGAAAUAUUUAUCAUUUGCAUGACUAAACAGCACUGGUUAUAUCUAUUCUGAUGUCCUACAAUCAAGCAAGGAAGUUUUCAAUCGGAAUGUCUAGAGUUGAAAUGCUGGCACAGUCAUAUUGCAAUGGAUCUUUGAUGGAAACUUUUGGCCUUUACAUGCAAUCCCAUUGAGCCUGUGGUCCAAAUGCCGUCCUGGAUUUUGGCUUCUCGGUCUUGUGAAAUAGCCGUCCUUUGUGUUGACGAUUGGAAAGGUGUGUGUGUAUCUUGUAUGCCUGUUGGUGGGACUGUGUGUGUGUGACUUUCUACAAAUGCUGUAAUGUAGUUGAGUUCUGAGGCAUCUGCCUCCAUCAGCAGAAACACACUUUGCAAUCCAAAGUGCAUCUGAAGAAAUGCAUUAAAAAUGUGUGUUUGAACUUUGACAACACUUGGCCACUUUAUUUCUUGUACAACAGAAUGCGUUUAAUUAAGUUCGCAGUUUGAAAAUGACGGAUGAGUAGGGGCCACUGUUGCCUUAGUCCUUGCAUGGUUUCCCAUAACUGGGGAAGCAAAGAGUGUAAUGCAAAGCAGGGUGUCCUUCUCUGGAACCACCGUUAGUUUUCACCACCUUUGGAGCUGUGACACCUACUGUUGACACCCUGCAUGUCUCAAGGAGCGGGGAGAUGGUUGUGAGUUCAACAGUAUCUAUAAUUGGUUUUGGGAGGGAUGCCUCUGCAGGGGUAGCUUUGUGUCUCAGAGAAAUAACUGGCAGCAGAGUUGAAAUAAAUUCUCUCUCCCCUCCCCCCAGCAUAGCAUUAAUUUCCAAUACUGAAAUAAGCCAUUCCAAAAACAGUUUCUCGCUCUUGCAUGGCAGAUAGUUUAUGCAUCCAGAACAGGGACAUGGAUAGCAUGAGUAAGAAAUAGCAUUUAUGAUGAAAAUGGGUAUGAAGUAAUUGCAAUGCCAUCUUCUGAACAGAAAAAAAAACUUCCUAGAUAAUGCGUACUAUGGUUUUGGAGACAAAACACUGUGUGUUGUUGCAGAAGUAACAGUUUUAUGGGAUGUAUAAAUCAAGGAGGUAGCAUGUAUGCCAUUUGGAUUCUGCAAACAUUACUAGUGGGACAGUGAGUUGAAUUUGCCUCUGUGUAAUGUAUUUAUGCCAACAAGGAGAACCAUGGGGAAAAAUAGGCGAUGGCCAGUCGUCUAGUGCCAAUUUCAAAGGUGCCAGGGCUCUUACGGUUGACUCCUCUCUGCCACCUUCCCUCCAGUGGUGAUGGUGGCUUAUCUUGUGAACGAGGCUUUAUUGUGUUAGAUGUUUUAUGUUGGCUGGAGAUAGAUUUCAAGAAGCUAAGCAGGCAGAGGCCUGCUCUAAACCAGCCACUUGACAACUCUAUCUCCGUGCUACUGGGAAUAUGGAGUAUACCCUGCCAUGUUCAUAACUAGCCACAGCGGUGCACUCAUACUCAAUGUAUGGGAAUGACAUGCUAGCAUCCAUCAGUACCAUUACACAUCCUGGGAAUUACUUAUCAAGGAUCAGUGCAUUAUUUUGUAUCCUGGUCAAAUUCCAAUGAUAGUAUUUUCAUCGUAUAACAUGCCUUAAAAUAUUAUCAUUUGACCUAAAGACCCGCUAUUCUUUAGCUAUUCUGGUAGAGCUUUGUAUUUUUCUGCAGACGGCAUAUUUACGUUUAUAUUGUAAAAUGUUGCAACACCUUCUGGAGAUGUGUUCAUUGCCCCUUUCCUUUUCACAAGAGCUAACCAAGCCAUCAUCAACAAUAAAAGCUUUCAAGAUAAGGAUUCUUCUUCCUUUCUGUAUCAAUAGCAGCGUUUAGAGGCUUUCUCUUCUGACAGGACCAACAGUACCUUAGCUCCUCUUUAUACACUCCAUUUCUCAAGAUGCCAUUAACUUCCUGUGGACAAACUUACUGGUAUUUGCUUUUUUUUUACAUAACAAGCCCCCUAUCUUUAGGUUGGGGAGAUGUAUGUGUUUUUUUUUUCUCAGCAUGUGCUUCAAGCACCAGCUAGAUAGUAAUGGCAAAACUCUGUGAUGAAGUAGAGUUGGCAGGAUUUUUCAUGUGCAUUUUUCCUCUUGUCAAUUCUUGAUCAGGGUUUCGAAUGAUUGCAGUGUGCUUUUGAGACUGGGCUUACCCUUUGACAAUGUGGAAUUCGAAGAAGAGUUGGAUAAAGAUAUUGAACACUUGAUUGUUGUGCUCAGUUGCAACUGAUAACUGAAAAAAACGCAGCAAGUUUUCUAAGGGGUCAGUUGUUUAAAAUCACCAUGUUUCAAAAAGAAAUCAAAUUGUACAUAGAACUCAAUGCAAACUCAGCAAUUGUAUUUGGAGUUAAAUUAUUUUAACAAAUAAAUUUAUUUAAUGAAA